AAUGCUAAACGCAAGUUAAGAAAAAGGAGAAGUAAUCUAGUUAAAGGUGUUCCCGAGAGACCAAGAGGGGUUAUUUAUAAGUCUAAUCGUUAUUUAUCAUUUCAAGUAAUUGAUGAUUCCCAAGGUCAUACCUUGGUUGCGGCUUCUACGUUUGAUUUUAAGCAAGCCGAUACUAAAUCUCGCAAAAAUAUAUCUUGGGCUCAAAAAUUAGGGGAAGUUGCGGCCGACAAGUUGAAAAAAGCCCGAAUAAACCAAAUUGUUUUUGACCGUAAUGGUUAUCUUUAUCGCGGUAAAAAAAAGACUGCUAAAAGUUUACCUAACAAGAUAGAGCUCAAUUUGGCAGAGCAGUUGACUGUAGAUCAAUUGGUUGGGGGUUCAAGUCCCUCUUCUCCCACCAAGAUAUUUUUGUCAUCUAAGAAGCCGUUAAGUU